GUACCGGGUCGACCUUUACCUGGCAUCGCAUGUUCAUGCCUAUGAGAGAACCUUCCGAACGGUGAAUGGCUCGGUGUGCAAGGCCGAUGAGACAGCAGACUCCUCCUGCGGGCCGGUGAACAUUGUGAAUGGAGACUCCGGCGAGCCUUCUUUGCAGUAUGAAGAUAUGCCAGCUCGCUUCACAGUGAAACGACAUCCUGGCCAGCCCGGCUACGGUGAGCUAAUCGUGCUGAAUGCCACCGCGAUCGAGUAUCGCCAGCUGGAUGCGACAACGGGGGCAGUCAAUGACCAGUUCAUCAUGUUGAAGGCUUCUUCGGACGAUGCUGAGCUUCAGGAGAACUUUCUGGAGGCUGUCGGCUGGCUGGCCUUCGCUACUGCACUGGUGACUUUUACCUGCGGGUUCGUGAAGUGGGUACACGCAGAUGGCUUGAAGCGCCGCGACGAGGCUUUGAGGCACCUGCGCACAGAGAUCGCGGUCUUGAGUGGCAUGCCGCUGAAGGUUACCGGAAGCCCUGUCGAAGCCCAGCACUUGGUGGGGGACGCAUCCUCUGGGCUUCACUGA